UGGGAGGAGACGCUCGAGCGAGUCGCCAAAGGCGUCGUCGUCGUGCGAGUCAAUUCGGUGAUGGCCUUCGAUAUGAACGAGAGAGGCUUCUCGCUCGCAACCGGCUUCGUCGUGGACAAGGCGCUCGGCAUCAUCCUCACCAACCGCCACGUCGUGACGACCGGUCCGGUCACCGCCGACGCCGUGCUGCACAACAAGGAGGAGAUCGAGCUCACUCCGCUGUACGCCGACCCGGUCCACGACUUUGGCUUCUUCAAGUACGACCCGGCCGACGUCCGCUUCAUGGAGCUUCAGGAGAUCCCGCUCGCCCCGUCCGAGGCUCGGGUCGGGCUCGAGGUGCGGGUGGUCGGCAACGACGCGGGCGAGAAGAUCUCCAUCCUCUCGGGCACGAUCGCCCGCCUCGACCGCGCCGCGCCCAACUACGGCUCGCACACGUACAACGACUUCAACACCUUUUACUUCUCGUGCGCCUCGAAUACCUCGGGCGGCUCCUCGGGCUCGCCCGUGGUGAACGCCUCGGGCCGCGCCGUCGCCCUCAACGCGGGCACCAGCACCAAGUCGGCCUCCUCGUACUACCUGCCUCUGCAGCGGCCCGCGCGUGCCCUGGCGCUGCUGCAGAAGGCCCUGCUCGCAGGCAGGGGGGCGGGCCGCGCGUGCGUGCCCCGCGGCACGCUCGGCGUGGUGCUGCAGCACCGCGCAUUCGGCGAGCUCAAGCGGCUCGGGCUGCGGCGCGAGACGGAGGCGAGGCUGCGGCUUUCUGCGGCGGUGCGCGGCUCGCUGCCCGGCGAGACGGGCAUGCUCGUCGUCGACCAGAUAGUGCCUGCCGGGCCGGCGGAGGGCGCGCUGGAGCCGGGGAACUCCUGCCUGUGGUCACUUCCUAGACACUUCCUGCCUUGUGGCCAGGAGCUGCUCGACGAGAGGCCGGGCGAGGCCGUCUGGCUUACCCUGCAGCGGGGAGGCGUCGAGAAGGCGCGAGAAGAUGCUGUGCGCGCGCCACCGGAGCAUGCCCCGACACUUCCUCGACCCCUUCACAGACCCUUCCUCGAGCCUGCCGUCGAGCAGGCGCGCAACUGGAACAUGCCUCCGGGAGGCGUGCACGUCGCCUUCUCGGGCUACAUGCUCUCGAACGCAAACGUGCCGAGCCGGGCCGUCAUCUCCGAGCUCAACAACUGCAAGACGCCAGACUUGGACGCCUUCACCUCCGUCUUCCUCUCCCUGCCGCACGGCGCCCGCGUGCCGGUGCGGUACCGCCUCCCGUACUCGCACCACACCGAGCGGCUCGCCGUCCUCGACGUCGAGCGGACGUGGUUCGCU